AUGAGAGAAGUUGCUCUAUCUCUGUUUGUAUUCUUCUUAGUAAAAUGUGUCAACUCUAUUUUCUCUCCUCCGACAAGAGAACAUUUUAAAAGUUGCUUAUCGACAAAUCACAGCAAUUCAAUAUUCGAAAACCCUAAUAUUCUCACCAAACACACGUCAGAUUCCCAAACCUACACUAGCUUUUCCGAAUCUUUAUCUAAAAAUUCAAGCUUCCUUAGCUUGAAUUUCACUAGCCUAAAGCCGAUUCUUAUCGCCAAACCGAAAUCCGAACCAGAAAUUAAGAAACUGAUUCUAUGCAGCAAGAAACUUGGAUUACAAGUAAGAACCUUAAGUGGUGGUCACGACUACGAAGGUCUCUCUUACCUCUCACAAUCACCUUUCAUAAUCAUCGACCUCGUUAACCUCAGAUCGAUCAAGAUCAACCUCACAGAAGAAACCGCAUGGAUCAAAUCCGGCGCAACAUUAGGCGAGCUCUAUUACAAGAUCGCGAAAACCAGCAAGAUCCAUGGAUUCCCUGGAGGUGUAUGUCCAAGUGUUGGAGUUGGUGGACUUUUCAGCGGCGGAGGAUAUGGUAUAAUCAUGAGAAAACACGGUUUAGCGUCUGAUAACGUCGUGGACGCGCGUUUGAUAGAUGCAAAGGGAAAGAUUCACGACCGGAAAUCGAUGGGAGAGGAUUUGUUUUGGGCGCUAAGAGGCGGUGGAGCCGCGAGUUUUGGCGUUGUAUUGUCAUGGAAGGUUAAACUCGUUAGGGUUCCUGAAAAGGUAACUUGUUUCACAAGUCAACAUGCAAUGGGGCCAAAUAGGAGCAAACUUGUUCAUAGAUGGCAAUACAUAGGACCACACCUAGACGACGAUUUAUUCAUCAGAGUUUUCAUUAACAAUAAUCAACAACAAGGAAGUCAAAAAAGAGUGAGGACGACAUUUCAAGGUAUGUUUCUUGGUGGAAUCGAGAAGCUGAUUCCUCUGAUGAACGAAAAGUUUCCGGAACUCGGAUUACGAUCUCAAGAUUGCAAAGAAAUGAGCUGGAUCGAAGCCAAUCUGUUCUUCAUCGGGAAAUUCGGACAACCAUUAGAGAUCAUGCUCGAUAGAGACCAAAGAUACGAGAAUCUUUACUUCAAAGCAAAGUCAGAUUAUGUACAGAAGCCACUUCAAGAAAACGUUUUUGAAGAAAUCUUUAAGCGGUUUCUCGAGGAAGACGCCCCAUCGAUGUCCUUCGAUCCGUUGGGUGGGAAAAUAAACGAGGUUUUAGAAGAAGAGUCUCCAUAUCCACACAGAGAAGGGAAUCUGUAUAGUGUACAGUAUACGGUAAGGUGGAAAGUGAAUGAAAUGGAGGAGAUGAAGAAGCAUGUGAGAUGGAUAAGAUUGCUUUACGAUUACAUGACUCCUUAUGUCUCUGGAUCACCAAGAGGAGCUUAUUUGAAUUACAGAGAUCUUGAUUUGGGAAUGAACAAAGGGAUCAAGAUGAGUUUUGAAGAUGCAAAGAAAUGGGGAGAGAUGUAUUUUAAAGGUAAUUUCAAAAGAUUGGGUUUGGUUAAAGGAAAGAUUGAUCCAAAUAAUUUCUUCAAGAGUGAACAGAGUAUUCCUCCUCUGUUUUGA